CGCCCCGCCCCCGCCAGCUGCGGGUGGGAGCUAGGGAGGGCCAGCCCGGCCGGGACAGCGGCUGCCAGCUGCGAGUGGGAGUGAGUGAACUCCAGCCCGGGACGGCAGGGCGAGUAGUCCAGAGGCAGCAAUCGAGUAUCGUGGCGGCCAAAAAAAUGCUCCUGUACCGAGGGGCCCCUGCGGGGCCUGGCGCGCCAGGCAGCGGGCUAGCACGACAGGGCAGCGGCCCGCAGGCGUUUGGGAUACGCCUGAGUACGAUGAGCCCCCGCUACCUACAGAGCAACUCCAGCAGCCACACGCGACCCUUCAGUGCCAUCGCUGAGCUGCUAGAUAAUGCUGUAGAUCCAGAUGUAUCUGCCAGGACGCUCUUUAUAGAUGUUGAGGAGGUCAAGAAUAAAUUUUGUUUAACCUUUACUGAUGAUGGAUGUGGAAUGACGCCUCAUAAAUUACACCGAAUGCUCAGCUUUGGAUUUACAGAUAAAGUAAUAAAGAAGAGCCAGUGUCCCAUCGGGGUCUUUGGUAAUGGUUUCAAGUCAGGCUCCAUGCGGCUAGGAAAGGACGCUCUUGUCUUCACCAAGAAUGGGGGUACUCUCACUGUUGGACUCCUAUCACAGACCUACCUGGAAUGUGUCCAGGCCCAGGCAGUUAUUGUACCAAUUGUUCCAUUCAACCAGCAAAACAAAAAAAUGAUUAUUACUGAGGAUUCCUUGCCCAGCCUAGAAGCCAUCUUGAACUAUUCGAUUUUCAACAAUGAAAAUGAACUGCUGUCUCAGUUUGAUGCCAUCCCAGGCAAAAAAGGCACUCGUAUUAUUAUUUGGAAUAUCCGCAGAAAUAAGGAUGGAAAGUCUGAGUUGGACUUUGAUACAGAUCAAUAUGACAUCCUGGUAUCAGACUUUGGCACAGAAGAAAAAGAGACUGGUGGUGUUACCUCUGAACUGCCAGAAACAGAGUAUUCUUUACGGGCAUUUUGUGGUAUUCUGUAUAUGAAACCACGAAUGAAAAUUUUUCUGCGUCAAAAGAAGGUGACUACCCAGAUGAUUGCCAAGAGCCUGGCCAAUGUAGCAUAUGAUAUAUAUAAACCUACCUUCACAAAUAAGCAGGUGAAAAUAACUUUUGGCUUCUCUUGCAAGAAUAAUAACCAAUUUGGAGUAAUGAUGUAUCACAACAACCGACUCAUAAAGUCCUUUGAGAAGGUGGGAUGCCAGGUGAAGCCAACCCAUGGAGAAGGUGUGGGAGUAAUUGGAGUCAUUGAGUGCAAUUUCUUAAAACCUGCAUACAACAAACAAGACUUUGAGUACACCAAGGAGUACAGGUUGACAAUAAAUGCCCUUGCCCAGAAGCUCAAUGCUUAUUGGAAAGAAAAGACUUCCCAAGAAAAUUUUGAGACCCCAGCCAUAGCCAGGACAAUACCAGAACAUUGUUGGAACUGUACCAUGGAAUAUGACAGCAGAAGUAGAAAACCCGGCAUAUCAGAAAAAAGGAAGAUUCCUGACCAGACAUGGGUACAGUGUGAUGAGUGUCUUAAAUGGAGGAAGCUUCCUGGUAAGGUUGAUCCAUCUACCUUACCUGCAAGAUGGUUUUGUUACUAUAAUUCCCAUCCAAAAUACAGGAGAUGCUCUGUUCCAGAAGAACAAGAACUCAUUGAUGAAGACCUGUACUUGAACAAAGCUAAGAAACAAGAUCAAACUAUUGAGAAGAGGAAGGUGCCAAUGGAAAAUGAGAACCACCAGGUAUUCACUAACCCACUCAAGAACCCUACUAUUCAAGAUAUGGAUGAAUUAAAUAAUAAAACAAUUGGAUAUGAGGAAAUCGAUAGACCUAGCCAGCUUCCAUCUGUUGGAGAAGAAAGCAGAACACCUGUUUUUCAACUUAAGCCUCUGGAUUCCAGUGUUUUUCAGUUUUCCAGUAAGUAUAAAUGGAUCCUAGGUGAUGAACCUGUGGAGAAACAAAGAAGGCUCCAGAAUGAGAUGACACCUCUAGAUUAUUCCAUGCCUGGCUCUUACAGGAGAGUAGAGGCUGCUGUUGCUUACCCAGAAGGGGAGCACAACCAUGAUAAAUCCAGUUCCGAGAGAAGCACACCACCAUACCUUUCUCCAGAAUACCCAGAAGCAAACAAGAAUACCAGUCAAAGUAGGGAGGUUUCGGUUUUGUAUUCAGAGGCCCAAGAACAACACCAGGGGUCCCUGCUCCCUGAAGAAUUAGAAGAUCAGAUGCCAAGAUUGGUAGCAGAAGACUCUAACAGAGGCGGCACAAAUAUAAGCAAGGAAGAUGUAAACAAGGGACUUUUUGUAGCUGUUGUUGGUGUUGCAAAAGGUGUUCGAGAUUCAGGAGCUCCCAUUCAGCUGAUCCCUUUUAACCGAGAGGAGCUUGCUGAGAAAAGAAAAGCAGUGGAAUCCUGGAACCCAGUGCCUUAUCCCUCUGUGGCCUCUUCUACAACCCCUGCUAUAACCCCUGCGGAGAAAGGAAGAGGCUAUGAGGAGAGUGGAAGUUGCCAUGUGCCAAAGAUGAAGAACCAAAGACAGCUGGAAGAACUCAAAAGAACAACAGAAAAAUUGGAACAUGUUCUGGCUGAAAGGAAUUUGUUCCAGCAAAAGGUGGAGGAGCUGGAACAGGAGAGGAAUCACUGGCAUUCUGAAUUCAAGAAAGUCCAACAUGAAUUGGUGACCUACAGUACACAGGAAACAGAAGGCUUGUAUUGGAGCAAGAAACACAUGGGCUAUCGCCAAGCUGAAUUCCAGAUCCUGAAAGCUGAGCUGGAAAGAACCAAAGAGGAAAAGCAAGAACUAAAAGAGAAACUAAGGGAGACAGAGAUGCACCUGGAAGUGCUGCAGAAGGCUCAGGUCUCCUACCGGACCCCAGAGGGAGAUGACCUAGAAAGGGCUUUGGCAAAGCUUACGCGGCUGCGUAUCCACGUCAGCUAUCUCCUUACUUCUGUCCUCCCUCAUUUGGAGCUUCGUGAGAUCGGGUUUGACUCAGAACAAGUGGAUGGGAUCCUGUAUACGGUGCUGGAGGCAAAUCACAUACUGGAUUGA